AUGGAUUCGAUGCAUCCGCCACAUGAUAUCAUCAUCGUCGGCGCUGGCAUUGCGGGCAUCGCCUGCGCCCUCGCCCUUUCCCAGGAGCUUUCGCCGUUUGUCCCAGGCCUCAAAAUCACGAUUUAUGAGCGGCACGAUAUUUUGUCAACAUCUGGAGGCGCUAUCAAUUUGACUCCUGUCGCACAGCGCCACCUCGCACAGUUGGGAGUCCUGGAAGAGUUGGAUCGUAUGGGCCCCGAAGGCGGAGCCGAGGUGGAUGCCGUCGGACUGUACUCGAUGCGAUCCGGUCGCUCAGUCGGGUCGAUCGAUUUUGUGGAUCACCGAGGGAAUGGCUAUGGUGGUUUCAAGGGUCGCCGAGUGAUGCGGAUUGUCCUCUCCAUGGCGAUGAUGAGCCUGGUGGAACGAGCCUCUAAUAUUGACCUUGUUUUCGGCAAAAAGGUUGUCGGAGGCGAAGAACUCAACAACAGAGCGGUGGUGCAGUUCCAAGAUGGCUCCAAAGCCAUCGGAGACUUGGUAAUCGGAUGCGAUGGAGUCCAUUCUGCGGUGCGCACCCAAUGGAUUGAUCCGGAGUGUCCCUCGCAAUACACGGGAAUAUCAUUUCUGCAAGCCACCAUUCCUUCGGACACCAUCUCUUCACGCAUUCACUUCAAAUCAUCGGCGCUGAAUAUCUCUCGUCAUGGCUCCAUGUUGACCAGCUACUGCGACCGGGACCAUGAGCAAAUAUUCGCAGCUGCGAUUGUACAAUUUAGUCAAGAGGAUUUGUGUUAUUACCGAUUAGAACCAGGGCAGGACUGGUCAACACAGAACCGUAUCAAAUGUGCCCUCCGUCGGGAAAUGCAAGAUCGCUUUUCCAAAACUGCGAUCCCUUGCAUUCGCGAAAUGGUUGACAGCAAAGCAGACUGGAUGCUCUAUCCAGUCUACCAAGUGCAGCCAGGAGGACGUUGGUGCGGAAACCGAGUUAUCUUACUAGGCGAUGCAGCUCAUGCGAUGCCACCAAGGGAUGAGUCUGCUGCCUACGCACUAGACGACGCAAUCCUAUUUGCUCGUAUUCUGGCACGCUUUCGCUCAGAGCCUCUCUCAGAGGUUUUCGAUGCUUACGAACGGCUGCGUCGAGAUACUAUCAACCGUGCCUUCAAAGAAUCUCGUCGUAUGUGGGAACGCAACCGAGAUAUGGGUCUCUUAGAAGGUCGACUCAAGGAGUGGAUGAUGCCAUUCUAUCUCCGUAGUCAUCGAGAUGAGCGAGAGGCUGCAUGGGAGUUUGACGCAACUAAAAUCACGAUUCCAACCCCCGCACCGAGUGAGGACUUAGUAUCUCUACAUUCAUUUUUGAAGGAGCAUGCCCCAUAA